CAUACAUCCUGAUCCACGAAAUGCCCGCUCACCGAGUGCGUCCCGCUCUCUCCCGACAACAUCAUGCAGCAGGUAAAAUGUUGAUAAGCGAUCUCAAAUUUUCCACUAGAUGCGAAUUCCAGACGGUAUAAAUACCGAGCGAGAGCCAAAAGUUAGCGAGACACGCGUUUGGCCAAUCGAACGGAGUGAGUGUAGCAGAAGCGUGCGAUGAAAAGAAGUUCUACUCAAAACAAAACAUUCGCAAGCGCGCGACAUUUCUAAAAACCAACUUUUGCAGACAUUACGAAAUACAUAAAGCAACACUCACUUUUGUUGUACGAACUUAACGAUUGGAAAAUUACUUAGUGUUACAACAAUAAAAAAAAAAUAGUGACUAAUUUGUAUAAAACGAAAUGGUUGUACCGGCGACAGUUAAUUUUUUGAAAUCAAAAUGGCGUCUUUUCGCUUCUGCUCAUCCUCUGGCCAAAGGUGUUAUCGCAUAUUCAAUUGUGUGGCCAACGAGCAGUUUCAUGCAGCAAACACUCGAAGGCAAACCACUAAAGGAUUAUGAUUGGAUGCGUAUACUACGUUUUGGGUUUUUCGGAGGCUGUUAUGUGGCGCCCACUUUAUACGGAUGGUUGCGUGUCGCCUCCGCAAUGUGGCCGCAAACGAAUUUACGAGUUGGAGCACUUAAGGCCAUCGUUGAGCAAGCUUCGUACGCACCAUUCGCCAGCACCAGCUUCUACUUUGGCAUGACCUUGCUGGAAGGUAAAGGCUUUGAGGCGGCUAAAGCAGAAGUCAAAGACAAAUUCCCAAAAACUCUUAGGAUUGCCAUUUUCAUCAUUCCAGUUUUGCAGACAAUUAACUUCGGUUUAGUACCCGAACCGAAUCGUAUUUUAUUUGUUAGUUUUUGUAGUCUUUUCUGGAUCACAUUUUUGGCUCAUAUGCAAAAGCAGGGUGAAAAAGCAGAGCAAAACACAACACAAAAACAACAGUUGAAACAAUUCCAACACCAUUUACCGGCACUGAAGAAUGAGAGCUUAAUACCAAAAGUUAAUAACGCAUUAGCGCUAUGAUGACUGAAACGCAUACACUCACGUACUUACAUGCACUUACAUGCAUACUUACAUAUAAAUAUAUUUUUAGCUAGAAAUUAACGAAUCUAUGUGAUUAUACCUAUACGCUUAUCAAAAACCUACAUGCAUAUUUUUAAUUAUAUUUAUACGACUGUACCUACCUACAUACAUACAUACAUAUAUAAUAUAAACAAACAUAAUUUGGGAUUUUAACAAUGUUAACGACAAAUAAAGUGUUGCUUUAGUGACAAUUUA